AAGGGAUACACACACCUGCCACUGACACCAGCUUUGCCAUUAAUAAAUAAUGAGUGCAAUGAGUCUGAGUCAAGAGAAGUCCAUGUUAGCUUGGACAUAAACAUGGACAUUACUGUUCUCCCUAACAAUAAUCAUCCAGAGAAAUUUCUCCAACUUGAUGUGGGGAUGCUACCAGCCACCCAUGGAAUGUUCCAGAUAGGAGCUGCACUUUCGGGCCAGAGGCAGUGGCACAACAGAGUGUACUCACAGGUAGGAGAGCUCUCGUUAGCACCAGAGCAAAACAUAAGGCUUGAUUGUGAAGAGAUAAUCACUUGCUUCAAGAUAAAUGUCCAUUCUGUAUUCUUUCUUCAGGGAGAGCAGAGAGGAAGGAAGGACACAGAAAGACCAUCAUCACCAGAGGUUACAUAUGAAUUGAGAGACAGCGAGCUGGAACAGCACAUCACACCACUCACUCUGAAACCAAAUAUCAAGCAAAACCCACUCUACAUAAACCUUAGGAAUGUUGACCUGGAGGAGAACCAAAGAGUUAAACCAUCCUGGACCAUUGAGGACUAUGACAGACAUUCUUUACAUGGCAACCUAGCCAGUUAUCUCCAGGAAGACCCUAGAAAAUUGAAUUUUUGGCUGGAAGAUCUCUACACCCCAGGCUUUGACUCCCUGCUGAAAAAGAAGGAAGCAGAACAUAAAAGAAAAAGAAUGUGCAGAAUACUGUCUUCAGUCCUUCUUUCAGUUUGCAUAAUUGUGAUUGUUAUCACUGUGCCAAUUGUUUUGACACAAAAAAAAGUCUAAGUUAAAAAAUUAAAGCACGAUGACAGACUUUUAAUUAACCCCAUGGUUCGGUGGUAAAGAAAGGUCUUGUGUCCUUAAUCACAAGCUAUCACUCUUUAUUUUAUUACUGUCCUUACUGUUCGAGGGUUCCCUAUUGUGUUAUUUAAAUGUUGUAUGAGCUUACACAGGAACUUGGUCAACACCUAAUUUAAAGAAACACAAUAUGCAGUAGUUGUGACACUAUAAGGAAUAAUAGCACCACCAAGUGACUGGAAACCUUCUCCAAACCGGAAGCAAUGCACAGUACAGAUAUUUACUACAAUAAGAUACUUAUUGAUCAUGUCUGUUUUAUAAGGAAUUGUAUUGUAUUAAAAAAAAGAUAGAUGAACUCUAAAUGAAAACACUAAACACUGAGAUUACACAAAACACUGAGCAGCUAUAAUAAUGGUGAAUGGGUGAAUUUUAGGUUUUAGCCUAAUAAACUUACAGAAAAAAUAAUAAUUAAGAUAUCUGACUCCAGGUGGAAGUACAUUAUUCAGACAUCUUUAGCUGAUCCAAUGCAGCAUUUUGGUUGCCAAUGAAAUUUGAUAAAUAUGCAAAAUGUUUAGAGGUGAAUGAUAUCUUAAAAUGAUUUAUAAUAAUUCAAUCUGUCAUGGCUUUCUCCAUUAUUCAAAUUAAAAUGGAAAGACUGCAGGUGAG